CCCGAAGACAGGCACAGGGGCUGUGGAGGGAGUCAGGGGAAGGCAGGGUCCAUUUGCCUAAUGCUUUGGUCUGGCUGGUCACAGAAUGGCACACCCCACAGAGGAGGGAGUGGCAGUCACCUGGCGAGAGGCGUCUUUAGAGAAAGCCAGCCUCUACCUUUAGUCUUCAUUACGCCGUGGAGGGUAGGCUUGGAGGCGGCGGGCUGCCUUUUCUUUUGUCCACUGUGGGCCUAAGAAGAAGCGAGACACCCUCCUGGGGAGCCCAGGUCCAUCACUGAGUGACCGAGCCUCAGUGCCCCACCCACGGCUGUAUCCACGCAGCCGCAGUCAUGGAUAGGUUCCGGAUGCUCUUCCAGCACCUUCAGUCCAGCUCGGAGUCCGUGAUGAACGGCAUUUGCCUUCUGCUGGCUGCCAUCACAGUCAAGAUGUACUCCUCCUUCGACUUCAACUGCCCCUGCCUAGCACGCUACAACGCCCUCUAUGGCCUGGGCCUGCUGCUCACACCCCCUCUGGCCCUCUUCCUCUGUGGUCUCUUGGUCAAUAGACAGUCUGUGGUGAUGGUGGAGGAAUGGCGUCGGCCAGCAGGCCGCCGGAAGAAGGACCUGGGCAUCAUCAGGUACAUGUGCUCCUCCAUGCUGCAGCGAGCUCUGGCAGCACCCCUGCUCUGGAUCCUGCUGGCCCUCCUUGACGGGAAGUGUUUCGUGUGUGCCUUCAGCAACUCCGUUGACCCUGAGAAGUUUCUGGAUUUUGCCAACAUGACCCCCAGCCAGGUACAGCUCUUCCUAGCCAAGGUGCCCUGCAAGGAGGAUGUGAUGGUUAAAGACAGCCCUGCACGCAAGGCUGUCUCUCGAUACCUGCGGUGCCUGUCACAGGCCAUCGGCUGGAGUAUUACCUUGCUGCUGAUAGUGGCAGCCUUCCUAGUCCGCUGCCUGAGGCCCUGCUUCGACCAGACCGUUUUCCUGCAGCGCAGAUACUGGAGCAACUAUGUGGACCUGGAACAGAAGCUCUUCGAUGAGACAUGCUGUGAGCAUGCGCGGGACUUCGCGCACCGCUGUGUGCUGCACUUCUUCGCGAGCAUGCAGAGAGAGUUGCAGGCUCUGGGGCUAUGUAGGGACCCAACAGGGAAUCCCAGAGUCACAGGAGCCCCCAGAGCCCCUGAGGACCUGGAUAGUGGAAGCGGGAAGGCCUACCUGCGUGCGAUCUCCAGCCGGGAGCAGGUAGAUCACCUCCUGAGUACCUGGUCCUCCAGCAAGCCGCCCCUUGACCUCACAGCAUCCUCCAGGCUCCGGGGGCCUGGCCUCAACCAUCGUGCCCCUAUAGCUGCUGCUCAGGUACCAAGCUGUGCCACCAGGUCGAUGUGUAGGGAUCUUGGUAGGCUCCCACAGCAGCGGUUUUCCCAUGUCACAUGCCCAUGUUGACACCGGUCUGGAAGCCAGCCUCCUCUGUUGACGUCCUUCCCAAAUGGCCCAGUGUCUGCCUAGUUUCUGGGCAUGCCCUCCUCUAUGGAUACCAUUCCCUCUGGCCCCAAUCAAGUUCAGAUUCUGAUUCAGCGCACCCAGGACUGAGUCCCUGAAUCUAUCCUUCCUCCCUCCCUCUCUUUUCUUCCCUUUCUCCCUUCUCCUUCUCUUCUUUCCUUGCCCCGCCCCCCUUUUUGAGGAAGAGUCACGCUUCAGCUGUCUAGCCGAAGAAGGCCUUGAACUCCAGGCCUGGGCUGCAUGGCUAGCCUCAGGCUCCCUUAGUGUCAGGAUUACAGGUGUGAGCCCACCACUCCAUGCUUUCUAGAAUCUCGUCUCUAACGAGCCCCAACGCAACACUGGUUCUUCUGGGCAGUGGACCAAACUUUGAGUAGUCACAGUCUGAAUAAAUUGUUGUGGAUAUGGGUCAUA